AUGACGAGCUAUGUAAAAUUCCUCAAGGAUAUACUUGCUAACAAAAGAAAGAUCGAGGAAAAUGAAAUAGUUGGGUUAACAUAUGAAUGCAGUGCGUUGUUUCAGAACAACAUCCUCACCAAAAUGAAAGAUCCUAGGAGUUUUACAUUGCCCUGCUCAAUAAGAGGGAAUAAGGUCGGAAAUGUGCUGUGUGAUUUAGGGGCGAGUAUAAACUUAAUGCCCUUGUCGAUCUUUAAGAAGCUAAAUAUCGGCAAUUCAAGACCAACCACAUUUACAUUGCAGUUGGCAGAUAGAUUGAUAACGCAUCCCGAGGGAAAGAUAGAGGAUGUACUCGUGCAAGUAGAUAAGUUCAUCUUCCCUACUAACUUUAUCAUAUUAGAUUAUGAAGCUGACAGAGAGGUGCCUAUCAUCUUGGGUCGCCCAUUUCUUGCAACAGGGCGAGCACUAAUCGAUGUACUGAAGGGAGAACUGACCAUUAGGGUUGACAAUCAACAAGUGAAGUUCAACGUUCUUAAUGCGUUGAAAUACCCGAGUGAUAUGGAAAAUUAUCAAUAUGUUGAGGAAUUGCAUAAAGAACCUUGGCACGAACCCCUAGAAGUGUUGGAGGAAGAAGAUUAUGGAAUUGGCGCAAUGUGGGAGGAGAAUUGCACUACAAUUCAAAUUGAAUAA